CCUUGUGUUCAGGGCAGUGAGCUGCACUGGCUGGCCUGUGCUCUCUAUGUGGCCUGCAGGUCCUCGAUGCCGACGGUGGGGAAAGGCACCGCUGAGGGGAACUAUGUCUCUCUAACCAGAAUCCUACGCUGCUCAGAAAUGAGCCUGAUCGAGUUCUUUAAUAAGAUGAAGAAGUGGCAGGACAUGGCCGCCCUGCCGCAGGAUUUCCGUCAGAGCACAGAGAAGCUGGAGAGGAACUUCACAGUGUCCGCGGUCAUCUUCAAGAAGUAUGUUCCCAUCUUUAAAGCCAUGUUCAAGACACCGUCUGAGGAGCCGCCCCGAAUUCACCGCAGCCGCAAACAGAGACGUCAUCCCUGCACUGUGACCGAGGUCUUCAACUUCUGCUGGGUUUUAUUUGUCCACGCUAAAGGUAAAAACUCUAGAACAUUUAGAACAGCAGGAA